AUGCAAGACUCCCAACCUGUAAACCAGGAGCCCAUGCCUGGUCCAUCUUCUGCGCCGGACUCUUAUGCGCAAAUUGCAGCAGCGCCGAGAUCAGCGCCACCAUCUCCUCCACCACCAUCUGCACAAAAACAACAACAACCAGUAAAUAACCAGGCCAAAUACCCUCCUAUUAUAAGGCAUAAACAUACAGCCUCCCAUACCCCCGCAAGCAGCAGCACAAGCACCACAACAUCAACCGCCUCCACAACAACGACAACCACCACCGCCUCAAAGGCAAACCUAUUAUCCAUCACAACAACUGCAACAACAGCAGCAACCACUACACCAGGCGCCUCAACCGCAACAGCGGCAGGUGACAUUAGCACCAGCGCCUACUACAUUUGCGACGACUGGGGCGACAUUAGCUCCACCGGCGAAUGA